AUGGCUUCCCGACCUCCCACUCCCAACACAGAGCCCACCGGCCCUGUGUAUGCCUCAGGCAAAUGCGACUGCGGAUACACCAACAUGAACAGCGCAACAUCCUGCCAACGUAAGAAGAAGGAUGGAAAGCUUUGUGGUUUGUCAUUGCCUGGAAGAGACCAGAAUCACGGGCAGGGUGGCCUCGCUGCCGGCCCAGUCGCCUCCUCAGGCCCUGUCGUCUCAACAGAUGCUUCCACCGCAGAUUUCAACAAUGGUCUCGACACAGGUUUUGCUACUCUGGUCGUGGUUGUCGUCGUAAUUCUAGUUGCUGGCUUCGUCGCCGGUUCCGCUACGGACGAGGCAGCAACUUGA